AGAGAACUUUGGUUCUAUGGCUUUCUCCUUACUGAUUCAGGCAUAAAAGUUGAUCCAAGGAAAGUUGAUGCAAUUAAGCAUGCUAAGGAACCAAAGGACACAAAAGAACUCCGUAGUUUCCUAGGGCUAGCAAACUAUUGUUCCAGAUUCAUCAAGAACUUUUCAAAUCUUACAUCCCCCUUGCGAGAACUUACUGUAGCCAAAACACCCUAUGCAUGGACACCUAGACACACAGCAGCAUUUGCUGCUAUUAAAGAAGCUAUACAGAAAGACUGUAUCAUGCAUUUUUAUGACCCAAAUCAGAAAACAUGUCUAACAGUCGAUGCAAGCCCCACAGGUCUUGGAGCAAUAUUGUCUAACAUUGACAGAGCAGGUAAUUUGCAUAAUGUAGCAUAUGCCAGUAGGUCACUCACUCUAACUGAACAACGGUAUUCACAAACCGAACGAGAGGCCUUAGCCGUUGUCUGGGGUUGCGAACGGUUUCACAUGUACCUAAUUGGUGCAGAAUUCACAAUUUGCACCGAUCACAAAGCCCUUGAGGUAAUUUAUUCACCCAAAUCCAAACCACCUGCUCGGAUUCAACGGUGGGCUCUUCGCUUACAACAAUACAAAUUUAAUAUAAUAUAUCGCAAAGGCGAAGGCAACCCUGCUGAUCUACUUUCUAGACAACCACUACCUGUAGUAUACACUGAACAUUGUGACAUUGCGGAACAAUAUAUCAAUUUUAUAGAGAAGAACACCAUCCCCAAGGCCAUGAGUAUCGAGUCCAUUAUUGCAGCAACUGCAGUUGAUCCAGAAAUGCAAUUAGCGAUUGAAAGUAUCCAAUCGGGUGUCUGGGCAAAGCAUCAUCCCUUUUAUGCAGUGAGAGAAGAACUCGCUGUCACACUAAACAGUCUCUUGCUCCGUGCAAAUAAGUUGAUCAUUCCAACAAGGCUUAGAAAUGAAACCAUGACACAUGCCCACAAAGGUCAUCAGGGCAUCGUCAAAACAAAACAAGCCCUGAGGACGAAAGUGUGGUGGCCGCGAAUUGACAAAGAUGCGGAAGAGUUUAUUAAGCAUUGUCACACAUGCCAGUCUCUCGGGCAUGGUGAUCCGCCACCGCCUCUUCAACAACACAAAUUGCCCUCCAAACCAUGGGAUAGACUUCACAUGGAUUUUUGCGGUCCAUUUCCCACGGGGGAAACACUUUUUGUUGUCAUUGAUUCAUAUUCAAAGUUCCCAGAAGUGGAAAUAAUGAAAUCCACUACUGCCAGCGCCGUCACGAAUCGCCUGGACAGAAUUUUUGCAGUUCAUGGCAUUCCCACUGAAAUCUACUCGGACAAUGGUCCACCGUUUGCUAGUGAUGCAGUGAAGAAAUUCAUGCGAAAUCGCGGAAUAAAUCACUGGCUUGUAACACCUUAUUGGCCACAGGCCAACGGGGAAGCCGAGUCGUUCAUGAAGCCCCUCGGUAAGGCUGUAAAAGCAGCGAAAAUGGAAGGAAAGGAUUGGAAAGAAGAGCUACAUGGUUUUCUGUUAGCUUACAGAACUACACCACACUGUACCACCGGGGUAGCACCAAGUCAACUGUUGUUCAAUCGCGAAGUUCGUACGAACAUGCCAACUUUUGUAAAAGAGGGGGAUAUUGAUUACAAGAUUUUACACGAACAGGCUAAGAUAAAUACGUCAGAGAAGCAGUCGAAAGCGCAGCAGUAUACAGAUAAAAGACGACGAGCUCGGAAAGCAAACAUCGAAGUAGGAAUGAAAGUUUUGGUGAAACAAGAACGAAAAAACAAAUUUAGUACUGUUUUUGAUCCAACACCUUUGACUGUAACGAAAGUUAAUGGCAAAAAGAUAACCGCAGCGAGACACGAUCUCACUACCACCAGAAACGUAUCGCAUUUCAAAAGAUUUUACUCGAAAGACGAAAGUGCUGAUGAACAGGAAUGUGAUGACAGCGCUAGCGAUGUAACGGACGAUGAAGAUAAUAACGAACAGCCACAAGAUAUUCCACGAAGGUAUCCGGCAAGAGUACGAAGAAGACCUCGGUUCUUGCGCAAAGAAACUUAA